AUGUGCAUUUUGAUUUCAUCAAUUGAACAUCCCAAAUAUCCCUUUAUAUUACUCUCUAACCGGGAUGAGUUCUUUCAACGGCCCACAAAACAAGCCCAUUGGAGAGAAUUAAAAGAUGGAAGAAGUAUAUUAUCUCCAUUAGAUAUGGCUAGACCGGAACAUGGAUCUUGGAUAGGGGUGACAAAUGAUGGUAGAAUUUCAGUCUUGGUUAAUUACAGAGAGAAAGAUGAUACCAAUUUCAUUAGUGAAAUUUCAAGAGGCAUACUACCGAUUGCAUUCCUAUCAUCUAAAAAGAGUAGUGAUGCAUGGCUACAUACCUUUGAGGGGAAGCUAUCCAGUGAUUUGGGAUGUACUUCACCAUUAGCAAGAAUCGGAGGAUUUACUUUAUUCUACGGGGAACUCGAAUUAGAUCCAAGAACAGGAAAUGUUGGGAACUUCAACAUCACCAGUAAUAGAGGAUCAAGUGAUAAAGUAUUGAAUGUUUCAAGUCAUGAUUUGGAGUCUACAUCUAUAUCAAGCACCAUUAGUGGGAAAGCAACCUUUGGAUUAUCUAACUCGACCUACGAUGUGAUUUGGCCCAAAGUUGCCAAGGGAGAACGCAUGCUUCAUGAUUUAAUACAAGAUCAUGGAUUAGAUCUUUCCAAGGAAGACCUUGUGAACCAAUGCUUCAAUAUACUUUCUACUGAUACUUAUGAUCACAGCUUAAUAUCACUGUCGAAUCAAGACCAACAAUUUGAUUACUUGAAGAAUUCCAUAUUCAUUCCACCUCUUGAUGUUAGUGGUUCCAAACUCAAGCUUGCAAAUUGUGUUGGCAAGUAUUAUGGCACCAGAACCCAAACCGUGCUUUUAAUUGAUUAUGAAGGUAAUGUUGAUUACUAUGAGAAGGAUUUACAUAAAGGAGAUGAUCCCACAGUUUCGCAAGCCACCAAUCAUUUUAGUUUCACUGUCCACAAGCAGUCAUCAGAAUCUCAUUAUUGA